AACAAAACAAAAAAAGGCAAAUUCAUAGAUUCAGAUAGACAACCUCCGAGCAGCGGUCCAUUUCUCUCCCGGACGCAUAAGAUCUCCGGCUCGGCGAUGGCCGCUGUUCGCCCAUUCCUCCUCCUCCUCCUCCUCCUCCUCCUCCCACUCUCCCUAUCCCUCCCUGAAAACGAAGCCCUCCUCGCCCUCAAAAACUCCUUCUCCGACCCCCAACGCCUCUCGUCUUGGCUCCCCAACCAGAACCCCUGCACCGCCAAGUGGGUCGGCAUCAUUUGCUUCAACAACAUCAUCACCAGCAUCCACCUUGUUGACAUGGGCCUCUCUGGCCCAAUCAACGUGGACCCCCUCCUCAACAUCCCCUCCCUCCGCUCCGUUAGCUUCAUCAGCAAUAACUUCUCCGGCCCAAUCCCUCCCUUCAACAAACUUGGUGCCCUCAAGGCCCUUUACAUAGCUCGAAACCAAUUCUCCGGCCCAAUCCCCCCUGACUUUUUCUCCAGCUUAGCCUCCCUAAAAAAAGUAUGGAUCUCUGACAACAAAUUCUCCGGCACCAUCCCCAACUCCCUAACCACCCUCCGCUUCCUCACCGAACUCCACCUCGAAAACAACCAAUUCUCCGGCCCCAUCCCCGAAUUCAAACAAGACAUCAAAUCCAUAGACAUGUCCAACAACAUUCUCCAAGGCCAAAUCCCCGCCACCAUGCAACACUUCGACGUCAAAUCAUUCUCCAACAAUAAAGCCCUUUGCGGAAAGCCUCUCCCCAAAGAGUGUGAAGCACCAAGCAACAACUCACAAGGCUCUGGCUGGGGGAUGAAGGUUGUUAUACUUGUUGUUCUAGCUGUCCUCGUGGCGGUCAUUUUCCUCUUGGUGAAGUCCAAGCGUCGUCGUGACGAUGACUUUAGCGUCAUGAGUAGGGAGCAGCCAGAGGAGGUGGUGCAGGUGCACGUGCCUAGCUCUAACCACUCUAGGGGUGGCUCUGAGGGGGGCAGUAGGAAGGAGUCAUCCAAGAAAGGCUCAUCUCGUGGCGGCAUGGGGGACCUUGUGAUGGUCAACGAUGAGAAGGGCGUGUUUGGUUUGCCCGAUUUGAUGAAGGCUGCGGCAGAGGUUCUAGGCAACGGUGGGUUGGGCUCAGCGUACAAGGCUGCCAUGGCGAAUGGCUUGUCGGUGGUGGUCAAGCGAAUGCGAGAGAUGAAUAAAGUCAGUAGAGACAUAUUCGACGCCGAGAUGAGACGCUUUGGAAGACUUAGAAAUCCUAACAUUUUGACUCCUUUGGCUUACCAUUACCGUAGGGAGGAAAAGUUGUUCGUCACCGAGUACAUGCCCAAAGGAAGCUUGUUAUAUGUGUUGCAUGGUGAUAGAGGAUCCAGUCAUGCUGAGCUGAACUGGCCAAUCCGUUUGAAUAUUGUGAAAGGAAUUGCACGAGGGUUGGGAUUUAUCUACACAGAAUUCUCGAGCGAAGAGCUACCACAUGGAAACUUGAAAUCUAGCAAUGUAUUACUAGGUGAAAACUACGAGGCUUUCCUAGGGGACUUCGCCUUUCACCCAUUAAUAAACCCCAACUACGCUGUACAAACAAUGUUCGCCUACAAAACACCUGAUUAUGUGACGUAUCAACGUGUUUCACAGAAGACCGAUGUUUACUGCCUUGGGAUCAUCAUCCUCGAAAUCAUCACCGGGAAGUUCCCUUCUCAAUAUCACAGCAACGGUAAGGGUGGGACCGACGUGGUGCAGUGGGUGUUCUCUGCGAUUUCUGAGAGAAGAGAGGCAGAAUGCAUUGAUCCAGAGUUGAAAACCAAUCACUCCAACUCCAUCAAUCAAAUGCUGCAACUUCUCCAAGUGGGGGCUGCUUGCACAGAGAGCAACCCCGACCAACGACUUAACAUGAAGGAAGCCAUUAGAAGGAUAGAAGAGGUUCAAGUUUAAAAGCUCUUGUGUCAAUAUUCUAGCUUAGUACAAAGAUGCUUUUGUAGGCCUAGGAUUAAUGCAUUCUACACAUGAGGCAAGAGAUCAAGAGUAUUUGGAGGGAAAAAUAGAGGCAAAAUUAAGGGGAGAAAAACCAGAUGCAUGCAUGGCUUUAUGGAUCACUUUGGUUAGUAAGAAGAAUGGUGACAUGUUGUUUCAAGAACUUGGAGUAGUACUUUUUCCCUAUUGUUGGUCCUUCUAAAGAAAGAUAAAUGUUAAAGUACCUCCAACCUAACUUCACAAAUUAAUGUGCCUCUUUCUGCUCGUAACAACUACCCUUGUAAAUUAUGUGCAAUUCUUAAUUGUAAGAUGAAACCAUUUUUGAGACAACCUAUCCCCUAAUUUUAUGACUAACAAGUUUGUACCCUGGGUUUACCCAUUUUCCCUUUUAUUCCUAUCAAAUCAAAGGUUUUGCUUUU